AUGGUACUAGGCAGGCAGGCAGGCAGGCAGACCCGGAGGGAGCCAGGCAGGAGUCCAGGGCGAGGCCGAGAGAGGCAGGCAGGCAGGCAGGCUCGGCCGUGCUUCUCGCGGCCUGGGAAGGCCCCGGCCGGCGCUGAAAAGUGCAGGCAGGCAGGCAGAGACCCGGAAGGAGCCCGGUUAGGUUUCUCGGCCGUGCAGUGGCGAGAAGCACUGUACGCCUGUUCUCGACGUUCCGGCUACCGUCGGAAAGCUACUGAUCUUGGCCGGGCCCCCGUGCUAUCGGCGCUGCGAUUCGCCGGCGAGCAGGCUGGCAGGCAAGCAGGCGCGGCCAGCGAAGCCAUAGGGAGCCCGGCGAGGUAUCCCGGCCAAGCAAAGGCGAGAAGCACUGACAUGGGUGAGAGAGGCAUGCAAGGCCCGGCCAGCGAAGCCGAAGGGAACCUGGCUAGGUAG